AUGACAGAAAGUAAAUUAAAAGAAGUCACCUCGUGUCAAAUCGUUCUCGCCUCUCCCAGUCUAACAAUUCCCGAUGGCACCACCUCGUUAGCUAUCAAAGGCAAAAUCUCAUUUACCCUUUCUGCUCCACUGAAACUAAGUCAAAUAGUCCUAAAGUUACACGGUUAUUCGCAGUUUGAUAAUUCCCAGAAAACAGCAAUUACGCGUAACGUUAACGUUAAAGAUUUAGUAAAACAAAAACUUACUGUGGUGAAUAUUACAAAAAAUUAUCCUGCCGGGGAGACAAACCUCCCGUUCGCGCUAAUCAUAAAGACGCCGCAGAACUUACCUGCUACAGUCGAGGGGAAACACGCGCAGAUACGUUAUGUGUUAACCGCGGAACUUACCAAAGCUGGACAUCCUCCGGGUGUUUAUAAGACAUCGAAAAAUGUUAUUAUACGAAAAAGGAUUUUGAAUGCUGAUGGGUUACUAGAUCCGAAUGAGAAAUUAGUAUUGGAAGAUGAGAAAGAGAAUUUGUUGAAAUACAAAGUUUUAAUUUCAAAGUAUUUAAUAGUUAGUGAUACCGAGGGACAAGAUGGAGAUGCCGCAGAACCACGCGGUACAAUUGAAGUCGAGGCCUCGUUUGAGUCACUUGCAGAAAAAACAGGAGUUAAGGAAGUCAAAGUGGAAGCAUUUGAAUAUGAAAUGUACAAUUUCGCCAAAGUUGCUGCAGCUGGUAGUGGGUCAACUCCUAGUAAAACAACAAGUAAAGCGCCGGUUAAACGUACAUCAGCCAAAAUUCCGGCAUUUUCAGCAAUUUCAAUCCAAAAUCCACAUCAUACUAACCCUCUGAUCACACCAGCACUCACCAUACCAAUAACAACCACCGAUUCUGCGUCGCCUGUCGCAAAAUUUGAAAUUCCAAUCACAACGAAGAUGAAACCAGACUCUAACGCGUCAUUUUUGGAAGUGAAACAUGAAAUCGUGUUGACAAUAAGGUUCGAUAAGUUCAUGCUGAUGCCGUUGCAAUUAGAGGUACCAGUGAUUGUGACUACUGAAUCGGCAACAAAAUCAGUAUAG